AUGGACCCACGGCUUGAAGAGGACGCUAAAAUCCAUAGCUGCCAUCCCAAUGACGCCGUGGUCCCGGUGUGGACGGACAUCGUUUAUGAUAUCCUUGCGCGAGUCCAUGAUACCACGGGAAUCAACACCAUUGGGUGUUUCCGCAUCGGGAGCGACAUGGACCGGCUACGCUGCCCACCGACGGUAUUGGUGGGCAUAGACAGGCAGGUAUUCAGGGACUGGAAGGUCGUUCGGGAAGCGAUAGUCAGUGCCCUGAAUUCACGGGGCCUCGAGAGUGUUGGGGUCCGCAUCAGGAAGGAUAAGAAGCCCCGGAGAGCCAACAACAUCGAAAGAAACCCCAUCCAGCCCUCCGAUUGUCGCCCCGACCCUCCCUUGGGAUAUAGCCUAGGCCCGCACAACAUGAAGGAUGCGAUUGGGACUCUCAGAGGGUGGGUUGAGCUCAAAAGCCCACGAACCGGACAAUGGGUGUCUUUUGCCAUUACCUGUACACAUUGUUGCCUUCCCCCAAGAGGCGCACUAAAUGAUGAAGAUCAAGAGAUUCUUUGGAAGUGGAAGCAAGAAGGAGUCCGCUUUGGUGACCCGGACGCAGCUCGUCUGCUCUCUGUGGAUGCACCAUGCUAUCGCGACAUCAAGGCAGGGAUUGACGCGAAGGAGUCGCUGAUAGAUGUAACGAAGGCCGAUCAUGCCUACCGAAGAGUUGAGGGGGCCAGAGCGCAAGGCAGAUCUAGUUCUUCCGGUGAUCAAGAGGGAUGGAAGAGGGCAUCAGAUUUUCCCUCGACUAGCGAUCCGAGCAAGUUGUCUGUUCGCGACUGGGCCUUGGUACAGCCAAAGAGUGGCCGCUCAGCCGGGGAGAAUGAUAUCGGGACCUUGAGUGGCUUCCUCCAUAGACGCCAUGUCGGCCAAUUCAAAACUGCCCUACCCCCAAAGGACGAGAAAGUGUACAAGAUAGGCCGUGUAUCAGGCUUCACAUCUGGUCAGUUCGGCGCCCUACAAUCAUGUUCCCUGGAAAAUGAAACGAAGAACGGGCAUACGGUUAGUCGUCAAACAUGGGAGCACGUAGUGACACAGCCAUCCGGAGCGUUUCUCGAGCUUGGCGACUCGGGGUCGCUCCUUUUCGAUGCGAACGGUGAUGUGCUGGGGAUGUUGUUUGGUGCCUCAGACAAGGGGGACAUUUCCUACUUUACUGCCACGGCCGACCUGCUCCAGGAUAUAAAGAGCAUUACAGGCGCGCUUGACGUGCGCUUGAAACAAGCCUAG